GCCGUUUCAGUUCAACUUCAUCGCGUCGUCGUCCUGUCGCUCACUCUUUUGCAGAAGCAAAGAAACAAUUAAAGUGCAACCGCAAGGCGGAAGGAAGUGCAUACCACAAGUGAUUCCCCUGCUCCAUUGCCGAGUUGCAUGUUGGAUUGUGCCACAAACUUUUAGCCAAGUUCCCCCCAUGCCCCCAUGCCCUUGUGUGUAAAAUGAAAGCAGACAACUUCUUCAAGUACGGCGCCCCUUUGUACCAACCGAAAAAUACCAACCGGAGCCACUCGCACUCGCAGAACCAACCGCAAGCCCACACCGGCAACAUCGGCCAUCUGACAUCGUCGCCGCUUCUGACGAGCGACGACCUGCGUCAUCUCACCCAGCAGCGGUCCACCGGAUACUCGGACAGGGAGAGCAUCGCGAGCGUCAGCAGUGCGGGUGGCCGGAUUAAGAGGCGAUCGAGAAAUUUCCCGAUGAAGUCUUCGAAGGGAGGCAUCACCAAGAAGUGCAAGACUAUGGAUUACACCAACUACGCCUAUAAUGAGGCAGUGGGUCGCCUCAAGGUAAUGCUGGCCGACAACUCGUACGUGGCACCCAAACUGGGAGGAGGAGUGUCUUCCUAUUUGCGCAACCUUAACGAGGAUUCCGGGGACAACUUCUCUGACAACCUAUCGGUAAUUGAGCGACCCGUCUUCUCGGACAUUUCCAAGUACUUGUCGCCCAGCCAGAAGUCGCGGAUCAGCUCCUAUCGCCCCAAGAAGAGCUAUGCCUCGGGAUAUCUCUCGGCUUCCAAGGAGAAUCUAGCUUCCACUCCUUCGCUUUACCCGAGCGCCUCAGUUCCGUCUGCUCCUCUUCCCUCGGACAGUGUCCCGGCUCCUGUGGAGAUUUUCAGCUUUAUCGAAAAGCAAGAGGACUACAUCGAACAGCUGGAAAAGGAAUCCAAGUACUGUCGCAACGAGCUGACCAAUCUGUUGGGUAAAGUCAAGGAUGUGAUCAAUGAAAAUGAGCAGUUGACUGAGAACGCUCGCUCUGAGUUGGUGGGUCUCGGUUCGGGAAAUUCGAAGCAUCCAAUUGUCACUACUAGUCCUUCCUCGGACAGUGACGAGCACUUGAUGUUCGCCAGUGGACGUAAGACCCCGUCGACCCCAAGGAAAGGUGCCUCCAAGGGACAGGUGCAAAGUCCUCGUUAUGCAAGUGCACCCAAUAUCGUUUACGAGGCCAGAAUCAGCGAGCUGGAAGCCGAACUAAUGCAGGCCAGCAUCGAUCUGAGGCGUCUGCGUACCGAGAACGAGGAGCUAAAGCGGAAACUGAGUCAUACGGAUCCCCUAACCACUGUGGCCACCUUGUCCGGGGGGUCCAACUGUGAAUUGCAUCGCAAGCAGCUGGAGAGCCUGCAGCAGGAUAAGCAAACUCUGGAGGAAAGUGUUCGACACUUGCAGAGGCUUCUGGACGAGGCAAAGGCUCAGGGCCAGGGUAGCGCCUCGUCCAAGCGAUAUAUCAACGACUUGAUGCAGAUGGAGCGCUCCCAGGCCGAGCUGGAGGUACGCCACCUCCGGGAUGAACUGGAUCGCCAGCACGAGCGGGUCAGGGAGCUGCAGCACGAGAUGGCUAGGCGGUUGGCCGAGGAGCGGGCCAGUGCCGAAAGGCGCUACAACAGCCAGGUGGAUCAACUGGGCGGAGAUCUGAGUUGCCAAUGGGAGCAGGUGUCCAAGCUCCAGUUGGAUCUGGAGCGUCAAAAACGCUACGAAACAGAUCUCAAGCGGGAUGUGGCCAGUCGCAAUUCGCAGAUCGAAGAGCUGAAAAUGGAACUAAGAGCCAAUAGGACCACCUUCCUGGCGGACAUGGCGCAGGUGAAUGCAGAGAAGCAAUCUCUGGAGCAGGACAUCACCUCGCUGCGCCUUCAGUUGGAUCGGGCUGCCAGGGAGGCCAAAACGGAGGCAGCUCGUCUUAAUGCAGAAAUAAAUUCGCUGAGGCAGCGCCUUGAUCGCGGGGAUGCUGAUCUCCUGCACUCCAAACGAGAAGUACUGCGGCUCAAUGAUGAGAUAGCCAAUCUUGAAAAGGAGCUUGCUUAUGGGGAGUUAAAGAACGAGAUACGACCUACCAAAAAGGAUCUGGACAAAAGGAUCUCUGAAUUGCAGGAUAAGCAUGCGGGAACGGUAAAUGAGCUUGAGGAAAUGAUAACAUCUCAGAAGCAACUCAUGGAUAAACUGACCAACGAGUGUAAAACCUUAACGGGCAAAUUAGAGGACACGACCUACAAGCACAAAACCAAUUUGCGAUCUUGUGAUGCCAACAACAACAAGCGAGCCCUUGACCCCAACAACAAUAUCAGCUCCUACAGCAUCAAAAGAAAGCGCAAACGAGUUCACUUUGCCGCCUAAUCUGGAACUGACCGAUUAUCCAGGAGAUGCGGCUGUUGAUGUCGCUGCUGCCACAACUGCGGAUGCUGUUGCCGGCGAUGGCGAUGAGAUCCUGCAGAAUAUAAUCAGAAGCAAUGAGCGGCUGGCCAAGGAGUUGGCAAAGAUGCCGCCGCUUCCCAAGAUCUCCAGCUACAAGAAGUCCAGAGCCAGAGCAGAGGCACCAACGCCAAUAGCAGCAGCAUCUGCAACAGCAGCGACACCAGCGUCAUCCAAAAUCAAAUGCUUUUGCCCCAGUUUCAUGCGGCACAGACACGAGCAUGAGCACAUCCAUACGUUGCGCAGACGCAGCAGCGGCAGCAACAACAGCAGCGAGACGAAUGUUGCAUGUUGCCGCAACAACAGCAGGGCAACAGCAGCAACAGCAACAUCAUCAGCAUCGCCAACAGCAGCAACAUCGUUCAGCAAAGCUCGUACACAAACCACGCACAGCAAGAGCAUGAAAUGUCACGGCCAUGAGUCCACCGUAGACACGCACCACCAGCACGAGCACCACCGCACCACAAGCAGCAGCAGCACCACCAUCGCCGAGCCGCAUCAUCAUCCUGGCUGCUGCCAUCCAUGCAAAACGGAUCCGUUGCCUUGGCUGCAACAGCAUUUAGUUUUGAACCAGAUCCUCAGUAGUAGUAGUGCCACCGCCUGCCAGCCCACGUGUCACGUGCAACACUUGACGGUGGAUGCUGAUAGUAUGGCAGCCACAUCGGCAGAUGCCACAUCCUCCACUGCCUGCAGAGGUCCUGGCAGCAAUGCUCUUAGCGCCAGCAUCAAGCCAAAGUUGUACUUUGAGCAGCUGCUGCGUCGUGACGGUUGCCACAAGAAGCCGCGUCCGCCCGUCAAAGUGGACGUCAAUGUGCGCCUGGUGCCCAAACAGCCCAUGCCGAAGGUCACUCGGUCCCUGAACGAGACGUUCGUCAAGGAGGUGGACGAGGUGGCACAGGCGAUGAACGAAACCUUUGUCAAGGAGACGUCGCCGGAGCUGGCUCGGAUCGAUGAGCAGCUGGCAGAGCUGGAGAGCAAUCGAGAGCGCGAGGAUCACGAGGAUCACGAGGAGGUGGACGAGGAGACGGAGGAGCAGGAGCAGGCCACCAAGCUUUGAUAACGUUAUUCUAAGCCACAAGAAUAGUAUUAAGUUUUAGAGAGGAAAUAUCUGCUUUACAAUCGAAUCUAGAGUAUCUGUCCAAUCGAAUGUUGAGUAAUGAGGAGCAUAUGAGUAAAUUAGAUAGCUCACCACACGAUUAUACUAGCUUAGUACCCGGAAAAGCCGCUUACGACUACCAGGCAGCGACAUAUGGCACCCCAAUCGAACCCAUACAAAGCACCCCACAACCACACAACAGCGCCAGCGACAGUGAUUACACGUCCGGAGGGAUUGGCUUGGGCGAUGGAGCAACUGCAUCCGCAACAGCAGCGGCAGCCACAGCAGCCAGCAUUGCUGCAGGAGCAGCUGCAGCAGCAGGAUCAGCAGGAUCAGGAUCGACAGCCCCUGGACGAAAGAGCAGCAUCGCCGACUAUGGACUCCAGGAUAACGAUGACGAGAAUCUCAAGGACAACCUUGGCCUGGGCGAGAAGCAGCAGCAACAACAGCAACAGCAGGACGUGGACAGGCAAAGGGAGCGAGAGGAACGCGACCGGGAGCUCCAGCAACUCCGCGAGCAGCGCGAAAAACGGGAAAGGGAACGCGAGCGGGAGCGGGAACGGGAGCAGGCCGAGCAGCAGCAACAGGCGGAGCAGCAGCAGCUACAGUCGCAACCUGUGGCAGAGAGCAGCAUUACCAAUGCCGGCAGCGCCAAUCUGGCCGCCUAUAACACCGACUACAGUGCCUACGAUCAGCAGCAGUACGACGCCAGUGCCUAUGAUCCCAAUGCCUAUGGCCAGCAGCAGUACGAGGGGCAGCAGUAUGACUACGGCGAUGCGGGAGCCGGAUACGACUAUGGAGCAGCUGACUAUGGACAGUCUGGAUACCAGUAUGACGCCACGCCAGGAGGCACCGCAGCCGGCCAGUCACAGCCGCAGUCCCAGUACCAGCAACAGGAGCGACCGGAGCAGCAGCAACACCUGCAGUUUCAACAGCAGGAGCAGCCGGAACAGGAGUAUCCGGAACGGGCCGACCACAAUCGCGCCCGGGCAGUGGAGCUGUGGGGUCAGCAGCUGCGGCUGGAGCAGUCGCCGGCGGAAAAUCCGCUGUGCCACAACAGCCUGCCGCGUCAGCCGCCGGCAAAAAGUAGCUGGAGUCCCGACUGCGAGGAUCGCCUGACGCUGGAGUGCUCCAUCAGUAGUCCCAGCCUGAUGCGCUCGUCCAACGAUGAAACCUGCUCGGAAUUGGCCGAUCUCAGCGAGACCUUUGUGGUCCUGGCUGAAAAUGGUUCGGGGGAGGAGAGCUUGUCCCCGGCCCAGACCACCAUCAUCACAGCCAGAAGGUCGAGUGCACCGGCCGUGGUCCAGCAGGCGGACAUUGCCAACGAGACCGUCACCAUCGAGCGCCAUCUAGAUGCCCAUGAAUAGGGGUCAGCACCGAGUUCUCCAGCAACAGUUUCUUCAAUCAACGUACUUCUACUCAUGUGUUCCAUAAUUAAACGAAGAAGGGAAAUUCAUGUUUUAUAACUAAUAAAUCCAUUUU